GUUGUGAAAAGGUAUGAAUGGGCAUAUCUUGGGAACAUCAAAAUAUUAUAAUAUGGUCGUCAAAAUCGCAUUAACCAUGAAUAUACAUACUUAGCCGAGUCGUCCAAGAAACAGCUUCUUUUAUCAUACUUCAGUUAGUUGACUCGCAAUAAUUUAUCAUCGGCAUCAUAAAUACAUUUUACACGAGUAAACUAGUUGGAAAUGUGUCUUUUUAUAAGUGGGUUAAUGUUAGCUCUAAAUGACUGUUCCUCCGACGUAAAUUCGUAAGCUAAAAGUAUUAACAGAGCGCAGAUUAUGCACACAUUAAUAUACUCUAAGAUUUAUUUUUUGGUAGAUUAUUGUUGGUUUUGUAAAAAAAGGUUUGGAGAUCGUUUUCAUUGGGUAAUAUGCUGUAAUCAGUGACCCAUACACGGUGUAAGUUUAUGCCCACGUGGGUUGAAAGAUCGACAGAUCAAGUUUUAUUUACACGGUAAAGACUGAUAGUGUACACUUGUUAAAUAAUGUCGGGAUGUGCAAACUAUAAAAACAAGGGACACGGUCUAACUGUUCAGGGACAGUGGCGACUGCAGUUAAAGUCAAAGAGGCAUCCCAUAAACGUAGAAAUUGACAUAAUUCAUCCUCGUCCGACCCUGACCGCAUUAGACAGUUUUACGAUCUGAAAAUAAAACACUAUUAUACCAAAUGAGUUCCUACUUCGUCAAUUCUCUGUCUACAUGUUACGGACAGACAGUUGGAUUGGAAAGUUGUGCCGAAGGAAAUUUUCACAGAAAUGGAUCAUUUCAACAUUCCGGAGGAAUAUACCCCAGUUUCCACGGAUCCAGGUACCCAUUUUCUGCAAAAGACGAACGAUCAGAAGAACACAAUGGGGACUAUUAUGCUACACAGCGAUUGAGUCAUAUGCCGCAUUCUAGCCCGUGUUCCUCACCCCAUAGUAUCCAUGGAGGCACACCAAAUAUACCGAAUGUUCAUCACAUGCAUUCAUCAAAUGACCGGUCGUGCAACAUAAGAACAUCUUCGAAUAGUAAUAGUUCGUACUACCCAAACGGUCAACUGACCAAUGUGGAUAGAAAUAGAUCGCCACCAUCGCAACAACCACCCCCGAUAUCACCCCUUCCACAACAAUCUCAGACACCACACUCACCCAGACCAGCUGACCAGAGUUAUGGAGGAUCUCCACAAAUAUACCCAUGGAUGAGACGAAUGCAGUAUGCUCAAGAUGGUGCAGACGCUGACUCAAAAAGGUCACGGACAUCUUACACGAGACACCAAACAUUAGAAUUAGAAAAAGAAUUUCACUACAACAAGUACCUCACAAGACGACGAAGAAUUGAAAUAGCGCAUGCGCUUAAUCUGACAGAGAGGCAAAUAAAAAUUUGGUUUCAAAAUCGCCGAAUGAAAUGGAAGAAAGAACAUAAACUUUCACAUAUUGCCAAGAACAUGAACUUUUGUAAUGCGCUGGAGAAAGCAUCGCAACAACGUGACCACGAAAUGAAAAGUGCAUUGUAGGAUAUUGUGUAAAUUAUGUCGCUAGUGGCUCUCCAUAGGAGAACAUAUUUAAGUCAGAAACAGUCCCCGAGUGAAUAUUGAGAGCUGUAAGUGCUAUUUGUAAUUGUUAUUAAAUAGACUGAGAAUUGACAAGAAAUAUUGAACACUGUAUAGUGGGACUGUUUAUAGCACGUGAUAUGGACAAACCAAGGCAAAGCAUGAUUCUACUAUCAUUUUAUCAUUUGAAAUCCAUUGAUAUUAUACGAGAACACCAAGGUUGUACGGGUACUACUAAUCAGUAAAGACUGCAUUUAUAAAAUGGUCCAGUCAAAUAGACCACUUGUAAAUAACAAGUGAUACUAAUUAAAGAAAUGGUACCUUUUAUACACAGUUACUAAAUCAUAUAAGAAUGAUUGGCAAAAACAGUUUUCUCGCACCUGAAGUUUUCCAAAUAGUUGCCCAUUUAAUUUAUUCUUGGAAAACGACCGCAAAUAUCUAAUUCACAUAGAGAGAAACAAUAAAUAUAAAUUUGUAAAAAUAAAUAUGUACCAUUUAGGAACAAAGCUGUAUUUAUAAUAUUAAAAAACUUUAAUACCAGGAUAAAUAUUUUCAAAGAUAAUAAGUUUGAAAAUAUUCUUCAUAGUUCCUUUUCCAUUCGUCUUCAUGCCAUUACAUUAUAUCAAAUAUCUAGGUAGUAAGCUACAGCCUCGGUUCCAAAUCAGGGUAAACAAACAUUUUGAUGAAUAAGAAUAUGUUGUUAUAUGUAAUAGAAUGUUAUUUUUGUGUAUGAUUGGUGAUGUUUCUCCAUAUGUCACAUUAGAUCCGGUAUAUGAUAUCAGCAAUUAUUAUAUAUAUUUUAGUUUUACUACAAAUCGAUUGUCAUUUUUAACAUGAAUUAUCUUCCUUCAAUUGUUCAAUAAUUUACAUAAAUUAUCUCCCUUCAAUUGGUCAAUAUUAAAUAUAAAUCAUCUCCCUUCAAUGGUUCAAUAUUUUAUUUAAAGGCGAAUUGAAGUUUUUUUUCAAAAUUCUUGAUUAUAUGUAUUUGGCAUGUGUCCUUAUCUCUGAAUAUUACUUUUGCUUUCACGUAAAAUAUGAAUCAAUGUCUGUAAUUUGUCAGAUAACUGCAGCAUUGCAUGCACAUGAAUGUUCUGGAAGCACAUGUCAAAAAAGCAUUGGAUAUCACUCUUACGUAUCCUUUUUUAUUCCACAAGUACUUAGUAUGUAAAAAUGAAUGUCACAGUGAUCCAGCCUUUUACAAAUACUCCUAUGUUAUAACACCUUUUAUUAUUUAAUAUAAAAGAUGGAAACGGCAUUUCUGGUCCAAAUGUGACGAGAGUUUGGACAGAUUUUUUGGAAAAUUUGAAUUACUAGUAUUGUAAAAUUAUGAAUACUCAAAAACAUGAAUUUUGUUCAUUUUAAUUAUUUUUCCGCUAUAAAAUCAACAUUGUAUCUUAUUUGUCCUUUGAAAUAUGGUUUUGGUGUUAUUGUAAAGCUUUAAAAUCUAAAUUUACCGAGGUUCUAAAAUUGUUUUGCUGUGCAUUAUAAUGUUGCAAAUACUCAACAAUCAGUUUAAGAGUAUAGUAAAAUACUCUUUAUAAUUGUAGUAUACUAUAUAUUAUUUUCUUCGCAGUGCGCAAGGAAAUAUACCCUAAAGACCAGAAUUUUAUGUAAAAAGAGACACGUUUUUGUGUAAUUUAUGUUUAUUUGUUUGUUUGUUUAUUUUGUUUUUGACAGUCAAUUGUCUACGAUGAUAGAUUAAUGUUAUAUUUUACUUUUUAAACCAUUAACUGCCAAUGACUACUUCAAAUAAAAAAAA